CUCUGAGCAGUCAGGUCUGAAAGGGAAAACCCGAAGCCUAGGCCGCUUGCUCUGUCGACCACGCAAUUUCUUGUCUGCAAUGGCGGUGCUCGCCGGCCUUCGGGCCUUUGGGGCAAAGGGGCCCAGCUGGCUCUGGCGCAGCCCGUGGGCCCCUCUCUGCGCCCGCUUUUGCAGCCCGGGGUCAGCAGUACCCGCGCGGCCGGAGGCGGAGGCAAGGCCCACCAACAUGAGACAGCAGGACGGAAUCAGGAACAUUGUCUUAAGCAAUCCCAAGAAGAGGAAUGCGCUGUCACUGGCCAUGCUGAAAUCUCUCCGAGGUGACAUUCUUCAUGAAGCUGAAAGCAAAGACCUGAGAGUCAUAAUCAUCUCAGCUGAGGGCCCUGUGUUUUCAUCUGGGCAUGAUUUGAAGGAGCUGACAGGUGCGCAAGGCCGUGAUUACCACGCUGAAGUAUUUCAGACCUGUUCUGAGGUCAUGAUGCUGAUCCGGAACCACCCGGUCCCCAUCGUUGCCAUGGUCAACGGCUUGGCCACAGCUGCCGGCUGCCAGCUUGUUGCCAGCUGCGACAUUGCUGUGGCAAGUGACAAGUCGUCUUUUGCUACUCCUGGGGUGAAUGUUGGACUUUUCUGCUCCACCCCCGCCGUGGCCCUGGGGAGAGCGGUGCCCAGAAAGGUGGCCCUGGAGAUGCUUUUCACUGGGGAGCCCAUUUCUGCUCAGGAGGCCUUGCUCCACGGCCUCAUCAGUAAAGUGGUGCCAGAGGCGCGGCUGGAGGAAGAGACCAUGAGGAUAGCGAAGAAGAUUGCCUCUUUGAGCCGCUCCGUGGUGGCGUUGGGCAAGGCGACCUUUUACAAACAACUGCCCCAAGACCUCAAAACAGCAUACUACCUCGCCUCCCAGGCCAUGGUGGACAACCUGGCCCUGCAGGAUGGGCAGGAAGGAAUCGAGGCCUUCAUCCAGAAGAGAAAGCCUGUCUGGUCACGCUGAGCCAAUAUGAG